AUGGGGCAGAUUAUGCCCAAACCAGAAUCUGAAUCAGAACCAGAAUCAGAACUCGAACUCAAACGACAGUCACACGAUCAAUCAGAUUCCACAUCGACCGACGAUCAGUAUCACACGCCUCCAUCUACAGACCAAGAAUCACAACCCCAACAAGAUCCAAAACCACAACCACCCUCGACUUCAAGAAACCAAGACCCACCAACACCACCCACAGCCACGACCACCAUUGUCAAUCCCCAAGCGAAUUUCUACAGAGACAUCGCAGGUUACAGAAUCGACCCAUCAAUCUCGGGCCCCAUAGCUUUCUCCUACAAUCAGCUCGCAAGAGCCACCAACAAUUUCGAUCCUAUAUCCAUUCUUGGCGAAGGUGGAUUUGGCCGUGUCUACAAGGGGGUGCUCGAAUCUGGACAGACAGUCGCAAUCAAGCACAUGGCGAGCUACAGCUACCAAGGCCCUCGAGAAUUCCUAACAGAAGUUCUAACCCUUUCGUUCCUACGUCAUCCCAACGUCAUCACCAUGAUCGGCUACUGUUACGACAUUCGAACCAGCCAUCAUUACAUUGUCUACGAAUUCAUGCCGUCGGGCGAUUUGAAGCGCUAUUUCCACAAGUCUGAUCGGAAAGAUCGGCUUGUGGAUUGGAACACGAGGAUGCAGAUUGCGAUCGGGGUUGCCAAGGGGAUGAAUUAUCUUCACGUCGAAGCUGCGCCGACUGUGAUUUUCAGGGACUUGAAGCUGUCGAAUAUCUUGUUGUCUAAAGAUCUCAAUCCGAAGAUUUCGGAUUUCGGGAUUUCACUCCUUUGCCAGAAUCUGAGGAACCAGGUGUACUUCGACAUGGUGGCUGUCGGAACUGAUGGAUACUGCUCGCCGGAAUAUGCUCGCUCCGGUCGGGCUUCGACCGCCUCCGAUGUGUUUAGCUUCGGCGUCGUGUUGCUCGAGCUCAUCACCGGCCGGAGGGCGAUGUACAAUGUUCCCGGUGACGGCGAAGGCCGGACACUUGUGAGUUGGGUUAUGGCUAGACUUAGUGACGGGUGCCGGGAGCAUAUGCUGGAAGCCGGGCUGCGAGGCGAAGUCCCGGUGCAGGCGAUCCACACGGCGUUGGAUAUAGCAGUCCAAUGCGUCGCCGACAAUCCGGAAAACCGGCCUAAUAUGACCAAUGUGACAAAAGUAUUGGAAGACUGUUUAAUAGCGUUGGCGCCAGAGGCGCCAAUGCCACCGAGGAAGAAGAAGAAAGAAGAUAAAAAGGAAAAAGGUGUGUUAACUACAGUUGAGGAGGUCGGCAAGGUAAGUACCUUGCCGACAUUAUUGACGUCGAAACAAAUAAAGAAAGGGCUGUCCGGGUUCGAGGAAGGCGAAAGUAGUAGGGCCGCGGCAAAAAGAAAGCUCCGGAGAAACGACGAAAGUGAAGAUGAAUGUACUAGUUGCGACGAUAGUAGUGUGUUUUCUUGGUGCGACGACGAUGCUAGUUUCCACUAG